AUGGGGAAACAGGUUUGGAGAGACCACUUCUCAGUGAAGGUUUGGAAGAACAGGGAGAAAAGAUCUAAUGGAGUCUUUUAUGUCCCUGGUAGGACGGCCUUAGCAAGAUUUCGCCAAGCCCAGUUGGAAGAGGGAAAAGUGAAGGAACGAAGACCUUUCCUUGCUUCAGAAUGUACAGAGUUGCCAAAAGCGGAGAAGUGGAGACGACAGAUCAUUGGAGAGAUCUCAAAAAAAGUAGCUCAGAUUCAGAAUGCUGGUUUAGGUGAAUUCCGAAUUCGAGACCUGAAUGAUGAGAUCAAUAAGCUGUUAAGAGAAAAAGGACACUGGGAGGUGCGGAUCAAAGAACUUGGCGGCCCUGAUUAUGGAAAAGUUGGUCCUAAAAUGCUGGAUCAUGAAGGGAAAGAAGUCCCAGGAAACCGAGGUUACAAGUACUUUGGAGCAGCAAAGGAUUUACCUGGUGUUAGAGAGCUGUUUGAAAAAGAACCUCUUCCUCCUCCCAGAAAGACACGUGCUGAGCUGAUGAAGGCAAUUGAUUUUGAAUACUAUGGUUACCUAGAUGAAGAUGAUGGUGUUAUUGUGCCUUUGGAGCAAGAAUAUGAAAAGAAACUCAGAGCUGAGCUGGUGGAAAAAUGGAAAGCAGAGAGAGAGGCUCGGCUGGCAAGAGGCGAAAAAGAAGAGGAAGAGGAGGAGGAGGAAGAGGAGGUCAACAUCUAUGCUGUCACUGAGGAGGAGUCUGAUGAGGAAGGCAGCAUGGAGAAGGGAGGGGAGGAUGGGCAGCAGAAGUUCAUCGCUCAUGUUCCGGUGCCAUCACAGCAGGAGAUUGAAGAGGCCCUUGUGCGAAGGAAGAAAAUGGAACUGCUUCAGAAAUACGCCAGCGAGACCCUUCAGGCUCAAAGUGAAGAAGCCAAGAGGCUCCUGGGAUAUUAGGGCAAGGGGGUGUUCUCAUUGGAGUCUGGAGGACAUGGUGAAGGCCUGUGACCACCCUUCCCAGGACCACCCACACACGCAGCUGUGGCAGGCCCACCUGGAACCCUUUCUCAUCCUUUAUCCUUGCACCUUUUCCUGCCUCAUCAGCUGGUCUGAGGGUAGGAUUCUGUCCCUCGUCUCCCUGUAGCUGUCAGGGUAUGAACACCGUGGCCACCAACUUCCUACAAAUGUCUUUGCUACCCUAUGAAUCCAUUUAGUUUUAUAUAGGGAUGUGUAAAACAGGUUGUCACCUAGCUAAGUGUUUUACUCCAUGACUUUGAAAGUAGGAGAAUCAACUACAGAGGCAGCAUAAAAAAUGUGGUUUUUCCUAUCUUCUCCUGAAAACUGAGUCUCAGUUUCCGUUAGCCAGAGCCACCUGAAGUAUCUGCUUUACCUCUGUGCCUGGCUGGGGGAAAGGAAUUUAAGCUAGAAGCAUCUGUUUUAUUACCUGCUCUGUAGACAGCUAUUUUUAUUAAAGAUUUUUAUAAGAAAGGAAA